ACGUUGGACCAAAAUUAGCUGCAGUUCUGCGUCACAGAAAGAUGGCGACUGGUUAGGAUUGGCGGAGACGUGUGUGUGUGUGUGUGGUGUGUGUGUUCUCUUAGUUGGGAACCUCGCCGGGACAAGCGGACAGACAGAGGAUGAGUAAGGAGCCAGGUGCAACCCGAUGCUCCAGCCCUGAACGAACGCUCCCUUGGUUACCACGUCAUGUGCUCCCCCUGCUUGGUUCAGCGCAGUGAUCUGUGCGUAGGACCCAGUACCGGAUCGCACCCUGAGCGAGAGAGGGACGUCUCUGGGCCUCCGCCGCACCGCCCUCUGGUUUAACCCGGUGGGUCCCGUGUCCCCACCCACCCACCCCCCUGCACAGAUAUCAACCCCCUUCCUCUGCCAAGCACCAUGGAGGACGAGCCCUCGGGGAGAAGUUCGGCCAGGAGAAGCAGUGCCGUGUCGCAGGUGGGCAAGAGGAGAGCGCGAGGGGGCCCCGAGGGGACCCGCGCUCGGCUGUGGGAGGGCCAGGAUGUUCUGGCUCGCUGGAGCGACGGCCUGCUGUACCUGGGCAAGAUCCGCAAGGUGGACCGGUGGAAGCAGAUCUGCCUUGUUCGCUUCGAGGACAACUCCGAGUUCUGGGAGCUGUGGAAGGACAUCUAUCCCCCGGCUCUCCCCGGCUCCGAACAGGUCUGCUGCCUCUGCAGUGACACCACCUCCAGCCAGCACAACCCGAUCGUCAACUGUGUGAAAUGCAAACAAGGCUACCACCGGGAGUGCCACGCCCCACCGAUCGAGGCUGACGGUGGGGCCCCAUCCUUGUGGAUCUGCCGCUUGUGUAUCUUCGCUGUGGCCACCAAGAAAGGAGGUGCCUUGAAGAAAGGGCCCUACGCCAAGGCCAUGCAGGCUAUGAAGCGGGUUCUGCCCUAUCGGCUCGAGUCCUUGGAGUGGGACUCCCAGCACCUGACCAACCAGCAGCAGUGUUACUGUUACUGCGGGGGCCCUGGCGAGUGGAACGUGAAGAUGCUGCAGUGUUAUCGGUGCCAGCACUGGUUCCAUGAGGCUUGUACACAGUGCCUGAGCAAGCCAUUGCUCCACGGAGACAGGUUUUACCUAUUUUUGUGUUGUGUCUGCACUGGUGGAUCAGAGUAUGUGAAGCGACUGCCCCUAGGCUGGGUGGACAUCGCCCACCUGGUCCUUUACCACCUCACCAGCUGCUGCAGGAGGAAGUACUUCGACUUCGAGCGAGAGAUCCUGGCGUUCGCCAACGAGAACUGGGACAACCUGCUGGUCGGAGAGCUCUCCAACGCCACAAAGGCCGAACGCUAUGAUCAGCUCCUGAAUACCCUGAACAGCCAUCGGGAGAGGUUCGUGUCCGGGAAGGAGAUCAAGAAGAAGAAGUGCAUCUUUGCUCUGCAGGAGCGCCUCCCCCCGCCGCCCCCGCCCCCUGCCUCCCUGCGGGAGGUGGCCAGACAGCUGACAGUGCCUCUGGGCAGCCUGUCGACCCCUCCCACCAGGUCCACACUCGAGGGGCUGAAGAAACUGAGGACAAAGAGACCACUGCGCCGCCGAGACCCCCAGGACCUGUACACACUGAAGACCAGGAAAGCCCGGCGUCUGCUGCAGAAGGCCAUCACUCAGAACGUGGUGGCGAAUCCUUCCAGCCCGAGCCAGGCCUACCAGGGCAGCAGAGGCAGUGCCAGCGCAUACCCCAGCAGGGAGAACACCGAGAGCAGAACGCCUCCAAAGAUGAUGUUUGCCUCGAUUCAACCAUCGUCCAACGCCGUCCGCAGUUUGGAAUCGUCCUCUUCCUCCUCAUUCGAAUAUGGGGACACCACGGGCAGCCAGACCAGGGCGGCUGCCGGCGGGGGUCGCCUGUCGGACGGCGAGGAAGCUGCCGACCCCCCCGAGACGGAGCAGGAAGAGGAGGAGGAUGAGGACGAGGAGGGGGAGGAGGAGGAGGAGGACGAGGAGUGCUCCGACAACCCGACGGACAGCCGCUCCCAGUGCGACUCGAGCGACGAGGACCUACCCCUGUCCUACUUCUGCUCCUCAGUCAACAGCUACUUCGGGGCGAUGGGGAGGCUGGCACGGGGAGAGACGGUGCGGAUCCUGGCCCGCAGGCUGACCCUGGACAACAAGGUCCAGUACCUGGUCGAGUGGGGCGGCUCUUCCAUGUUCUAGCAGCCGGCGGAGGGCGGGCGCGAGGAAGGUGGACGGGCGCCAAGGGAGGAGGUAUCAGAGAGGGAGGUGCCCACUGCCCUCUGUCCCCACCAGCCGCCUGCCCCGCUGCAGGUUUUAAACCCACGUGGGUUUUUCUGAACUUUAGAAGGUUCCGGCCCUUGGCAAGGUUUGGGAAGCAUGUGCUCCCGUCCACAGAGACCCUCGCCUGUCCUGGGGGACUGACAGCAGACUCCAGCACUGCACUGGAGGAUCGAGGGCAGGGGUAGGGAGGGGAGGUGUCGAGCUGUCCUUCCAGACGAUGGGGGGGGGGGGGGUGGGGAGGGUGUCCUUUGUGAAUUACUCGGAGUUCUGUGUGUUGGUGAUGUGUCCCCAUCACCCACCGGCGUGUCCCCGUCAUUUAUGAUGCUUUUGUAUCCUGCUCAACCCCAUCUCUCCCCCUCCUCUCUCCCCCUCCCUCUCUCCCCCUCCCUCUCUCCCCCUCCCUCGCUCCCCCUCCCUCUCUCCCCCUCCCUCGCUCCCCCUCCCUCUCUCCCCCUCCUCUCUCCCCCUCCAUCAAGCCCUUUCAUCAUUUCAAACACCACAAUCACUUCCUCCCCCAGCUCUGCAGUCCUUGUCGAUGGAUCUAAGCUCGCCGUUAGUUGUACACUCUUUCUGGCUGGGCGAUUGUUUCUCUCACCCCCUGCCCUAGCCCCCAUCAUCCCACCAACGCAGCCCCAGUCCGCCCCCCUCUCCUUGCCCGGAGAAUAGGCUGUUGUUUCGGGGGUAGGAGUUGCCCUGUUCCUGGUGAAAGGAUAGACAACAGGCGAGUUACCUCUUCACACCGGUUCCCCGGUGUGGCGUCUGCUGCUCCCAGAGAUCGUGGCCCGGUGCUGUGUGAGGGAACUGGUGUGGGAGAGAGGGGGCUCAGGCAACACCGUCCCACCUCAUCCCCAGUCACUGCCCAAAGCCGCUGGAAAUCCUCCCUUCCCUCCUAUCCCAAGGUAGCCUGGUUCUUCUCUCCUUGUGGCAAGGGGUGUGUUCAAAGCUGUUGUUGGUAUUGAACCCACAGGACUGUCGGGGUUAAUCCCACAGUGAGUCAGGAGUUAAUCCCUUUGGGAUGUUGGGGGUUAAUCCCACAGGAUAUCGGGGGUAAAUCCCACAAUAUUCCAGGGGUUUAUCCCACAGUGAGUCAGGAGUUAAUCCCAUUGGGAUGUCGGGGGUUAAUCCCACAGGAUAUCGGGGGUAAAUCACAAUAUUUCAGGGGUUAAUCCCACAGUGAGUCAGGAGUUAAUCCCAUUGGGAUGUCAGGGGUUAAUCCCAGGAUAUCAGGGGUAAAUCCCACAAUAUUCCAGGGGUUUAUCCCACAGUGAGUCAGGAGUUAAUCCCAUUGGGAUGUGGGGGGUUAAUCCCACAGGAUAUCUGGGGUAAAUCCGACAAUAUUUCAGGGGUUAAUCCCAUAGGUGUGGGGGGUGAAUCGCACAGGGUAUCGGGUUAAUCCCAUAGGUGUGGGGGUUGAAUCCCACAGGCUAUCAGGGGUUAAUACCACAAUAUUUUCAGGGGUUAAUCCCACAGGUAUGAGUGGUUAAUCCCACUGGGAUGGUGGGGGCUAAUCCCACAGGAUGUCAGGGGUUAACCCCACAGGAUGUCAGUCAGGGGUUAAUCCCACAGGAUGUUGGGGGGUUAAUCCCACAGGAUGUCAGUCGGGGGUUAACCCCACAGAUGUCACAGGGGGUUAACCCUACAGGAUGUUGGGGGGUUAAUGCCACAGGAUGUCAGUCAGGGGGUUAAUCCCUCAGGAUGUUGGGGGGUUAAUGCCACAGGAUGUCAGUCAGGGGGUUAAUCCCUCAGGAUGUUGGGGAGUUAAUGCUACAGAAUGUCAGGGGGUUAACCCCACAGGAUGUCAGGGGGUUAACCCCACAGUGCUGUGGGGGAGGGAGUUCCAGGGUUCAGACCCAGUGAUGAAGGACCAGAUAAUACAUUUCUAGGUGACCUGGAGGGGAACCUGUAGGCGGUGGUGCCUGGGGUGGUCGGGGUGCCCGACUGGUGGGGUUGGGGAUGUGGGGAGUCCCACGGCACACAGCAGCUCCGGGUGGGGAGCUGAGCCUUGGGGGGAGGAGGGACUGGGGCUCGACCCCUAACCCUUGGAAAACCCACACAGACUGUCCGGGGGUACCAUUGAGGGGGGUGGCACUCACUGCCUUCCUCAAGUCAAGGGGAGGAGACUCGGACCUGUUGCUCUGUGCAGGAGCCACACAAGAGGCUAACCCCCAGCCUCCCUGUGCCCCACCACUCUCCCAUCCCGCCCACCCCCUACUGCCCGCUCCACCCCUCCCUGACCCACCUACACUGCCUCGUCCCCUACCCCUGGAUCAGAAUUCCCAAAGCAAAGUGUGCUGGAGGUGAGGGAGCAGGUGGACCGUCCCCUAUCCUUCACCCCACUCACUUCCCUCCUCCACCAGCCAUAUUAUUCCUUCUGUCCCCCCUUCCCCUCCCUGUAACUAUCCCCUACCCAUACACUGUGCAAGCACGGCUUAAACUGGUGCAUUUGGCCUCAGUGCCAUCCUGAGGGCUGGGGUGGGGCGAGGGCUUUGGGAGGCAAGUGGUGCACCCAUUGGAAACAGGGUGAGAGGGGAAGCGGAGCGAUUCAGGGGCAGUUGUGCAGCCUCUCACAGUCAAACAGCCUUACCAGAGGGUGUCAGUAGGGGGAAGGGGAGGGGUGUGUUUCAAACGGAUGGGGCAGAGCUUGGGGCAGGGAGGGCCUUUCAGGGGAAGGGGUGAUGAGUGAGGCUACGGUCUUUUCUCUGGGCUCCCCGGGAGGAUGGGGUGGGCCUUGCGGAACAGGUGCUGCCCUCCAUCCAGCACACCGGGCAUCUGCAUGAGGAGCUGACGGCUCGUGCACCGCACACACUCUGCUGGUUUUGGGGGCACCAGCUUCUCUCAGCACCAAGCCAGUGCCCCAGAGAGUAGGCUGCCUCACCCGAAGGCAACCGGUGCCCAGAGAGGGUCGGGCACCAAGGAGCAGGCACCAAUCUCCGUCAAAGUGCCACCAGAGAGAAAACAUGCACACCAAAAUACCCCCAGAGGGAGCUGGACACUGAGGCACCAGGCUCCAAGGUCAAAGUACCCCCAGAGGGCAUCAUGGAAGGGUCACCAAUCUCCAAGGUCAAAGUGCCACCAGAGAGAAUGGGCACCAGGGACGGUCCACCAGUCUCCAAAGUGCCCCCCGAGGGAGCUAGGCACUGAGGGAAGGAGCACCAGUCUCCAAGGUCCCCCAAGGAGAGUUGGGCACCAUACCAAUCUCCAAGGUCAAAGUGCCCCCAGAGAGAGCUGGACUGAGGGAGAGGGCACCGGUCUCCAAGGUUCCCCAGAGAGCCGGGCACCGUACCAUUCUCCAAGGUCAAAGUGCCCCCAGUGAGGGCACCAUGGAAGGAUCACCAGUCUCCAGGGUACUCCAGAGAGAGAGAGGACACCAUGGAAGGAUCUCAAAGGUGCCCCAGAGGGAGUUGGGCACCAAGAACCAAUCUCCAAAGUCAAAGUGCCCCCAGAGGGCACCAUGGAACGAUCACCAGUAUCCGAGGUCCCCCAGAGGGAAUUGGGCACCAAGUACCAAUCUCCAAGGUCAAAGUGCCCCCAGUGAGAGUUGAACACUGAGGGAGGGGGCACCGGUCUCUAAGGUCAAAGUGAGGGAAAGUUUAUUUUGUUAUUGUUUAAAAAAAUUCUACACACACACACAUAUAUAUAUAAAUAUAUAUAUAAAUAUAUAUAAUUAUAUAAAAAUAAA